ACAGGGCGCCAAGGCAGGAUGUGGCUCCUCUGGACUGCGCUGGCUGGCCUGGCCCUCUUGGUCGUACUCGGGUACCGCGAGAAGAAGCACAAGCGCGGUGGAGUGUACACCCAACCUGGCCUCUGUUACGAGCUGAAGCGGGCGCUGGCCUGGGCGCACUUCAAGUUCGUCCGACUGCGACGCGUGCCCAGGGUGCAGGGCCACGUCGACACCAGACCCUCCGACUACGUCACCAAUGGCUUCGUUCCCGCCCCGGAGGAUGAGCAAGCUGAACAGCUCCGACCUCUGGAGUCGGCAGAGGCGAGCGUGGAGGGUGGAGACGCGCUGAAGCCGGCGGGGGAGGCGAGCGUCCAGGAUGGAGACGCGCUGAAGCCGGCGGGGGAGGCCAGCGUGGAGGGGGAAGACGUGCUGAAGCCGGCGGGGGAGGCGAGCGUGGAGGGUGGAGACGCGCUGAAGCCGGCGGGGGAGGCCAGCGUGGAGGGUGGAGACGCACUGAAGCCGGCGGGGGAGGCGAGCGUCCAGGAUGGAAACGCGCUGAAGCCGGCGGGGGAGGCGAGUGUGGAGGGUGAAGACGCGCUGACGCCGGCGGGGGAGGCGAGCGUGGAGGGUGGAGACGCGCUGAAGCCGGCGGGGGAGGCGAGCGUGGGGGGUGGUGAUGCUGACGUAGCUGACCGCUGGGUGGAGGCACCGACGGCGGGUCAGGCGGCAGAUGACGCCGAAAUCGGGCUUUGA